AUGACUAGAGCCAUCUCUAUGAUGUCGCGAUUGAAUUCUGGUAUUCCAAAUGUAGACCGAGUGCAUAUCGAUAAGUUACGCAUUCAAUCGAUUGUUGGUCCUGAUGCAUGGGGCAAUAAUAGUCCACAGGAUUGUCAAGUGUCUUUAGAGAUGAAGACUGAUUUCUCUCGUGCAUCAAUAAAUGAUGAUUUAGAUUAUUCAUUGAAUUAUGCUACCAUUUCUAAUGAUAUUACCAAAUUUACCAAUGCUGAGAAAACUAACUGGUUGAAUAUUGGUAAUUUAGCAAGACAAAUUUCUCAAUAUGUCAUUAACAAGUAUCCAACUAUUCAAAAUUUGAAAUUGAAUGUUAAUAGUCAAAAUUUGCAUAUUAGAUGCAAUGACGUCACUUGUUCAAUUGAUACCAAUUUGACCACUCAAUAUGAUUUUAUUGAAUUGAGUAAUAUUAAAUUAUUGACUUUAAUUGGUAUUUUUGAUUUUGAAAGAUUGCAGAAACAAUAUAUUGAUUUAAAGAUCACUUUACCAUGGCCCAAGAAUGUUGAUGAACGCUCAUUUCCGCCAAUUAAUGAAAUUAUUAAUGAUUGUGUAGAAUGUGUAGAAAAUUCUACAUUUUUAACUGUGGAAGCUUUGGUAAAUGAAGUUAUGUCCACUGUGAUAUCAAAUGAAUAUUAUUCUAGUUUAAACACUGAGGUUACUUUACCCAUUGAUAUUAAAGUAAUUAAAUUGAAUGCUAUUACUGCUACUGAUGGUGUUGGUGUAAGUUGCAAGAGGUUUAUUAAUUCAAACAUAGUUACUCAAUCUUCUCCUACCUCUAGUUUAAAUUUAGCCUUUCUUGCCUUUGGUUCUAAUAUAGAUGAUAGAUUUGAUUAUGUUAAACAAGCGCUAGAUCUUUUAGAUAAAAAUCCAGAUAUCAAAAUCCUUGAUGUUUCAUCAAUUUUUGAAAGUGAACCAAAAUAUUUCGUAGACCAAGACCCCUUUAUGAAUGGUGUAGUAAAGAUUAAUACAAGAUUACCUCCAUCAGAACUUUUGAAAGUUUGUAAAGAUAUCGAAUACAAUCAACUGAAACGUGUUAAAGAAUUUGAUAAUGGUCCACGCUCUAUCGACUUGGAUAUUAUAUUAUAUUUUGAUAAUAAUAAUCAACCAGUUAUUAUGAAUGAGUCGGAAUUAAUUAUCCCACAUCCAAGAAUGCUCGAAAGAACUUUUGUAUUAGAACCAUUGGUAGAAUUAAUACCUCCAACAUUAAAACAUCCAAUAACACAACAACCAAUACUAUCUUAUUUGAAUUUGAUAUAUUCCAAGAAAAACGAAAUGGAUCUUUUAUGGAAAUUGAUACCGUUACCAACUCUCGCUAGUGGCAAACCAAGAUUUUUAAGAUUCAUGAAUAAGAUUAGUCGAGAUGCAUGUAGAAAGACUGUAUCACCAACAUAUUUAAUGGGUAUCUUAAACACGACUCCGGAUUCCUUUUCUGAUGGGAAAACUAACAAUUAUAAAAAUAUCAAUAAACAGCUGCUGAAAGUGCAUGAAUUUGUUCAAGAUUCACUUACAUUACAUGAUAAUAUAAUUAUUGAUAUUGGUGGAUGCUCUACUAGACCUAAUAGCAUUCAAGCCCCCAUAGAAGAAGAAAUUGAUCGUACCAUUGAAUUGAUUCAUAGAAUUAGACAAGAUACCACGCUACCUCAAGAUAAAAUCAUUCUCUCAAUUGAUACUUAUAGAUCGAUUGUGGCAAAAAAAGCUAUUGAAGCAGGUGUGGAUAUCAUCAAUGAUAUUUCUGGAGGUACUUUUGAUCCAGAUAUGUUUAGUGUAGUAAGUAAAUAUGCAAACAUUGCUUAUAUUCUAUCUCAUAUCCGUGGCGAUAUCAAUACGAUGAAUAAAAUGUCUAAUUACUCUAAUACGUCAUCAUUAUCAUCCUCAUCAUCAAAAGUAAAAGAUAAUACAAUGAAGGAAUAUUUAUUUGAUAAGAAAUCUUCCAGCCAUGACUUCAUUAAAACCAUAGGCUAUGAAAUGUCAAAAUUUUACCAUGAAGCCAUCGGAGUUCAUAAGUUAAGACGUUGGCAAAUAAUUCUUGACCCAGGUCUAGGCUUUGCUAAGAAUGGCCAAGUCAACGUUCAACUAAUCAGACAAACUCAUGCUCUCAAACAUUACUCUAGAGGGAACUUACAAGAAUUCAUCAAUUUCCGCAAUCUUCCCAUUCUUUUAGGUCCCUCUCGUAAGAAAUUUAUCGGUCACAUUAUUCAAGAAGAUGAUGCCAAGAAGAGAGAUUUUGCAACUGGGACUGUUGUUUCUGCCUGUAUAGGAUUUGGCGCAGAUAUAGUACGGAUUCAUAAUGUUCGCGAUAACUCACAGGGUAUUAAAAUGGCCGAUGCUCUAUAUAAAGAGUUUUGA